CUUUUUAGCCGCGGAUGUGGGCGAGUCCCGGAGCCGCUCAGCCCUCAAGCCCAAAGCGGCAGCUGCCCGCGCCCCUGUUCCCCCCCUUACUCCGGGAGCCCCGACCACAGCGAUGACCCCCGCCGAGCAGAAUGUGACCUGGCUGAUCUCCCUGGGGGUGCUGGACUCCCCCAAAAAGACCAUCUCGGAUCCGGAAGAGUUCCUGAAAUGUGCCUUGCGGGACGGACUGGUCCUCUGCAAACUGAUGGAGCGCCUGGCACCCGGCUCCCUGGACAAGGUUUGUCCGGAGCCGCGAACCGAGAGUGAAACUUGUGCAAAUAUCCGCGAAUUCCUGAGGGGCUGUUCAGCGCUUCACAUCGAGCAAACGUUCGAUGUCAAUGACCUGUACAAAGGGCAGAAUUUCAACAAGGUCCUGAACACACUUUCAGCAAUUAACAAGGCUACUGAAGAGCGAGGAAGGACAUGCUCAUCUUUCUCAUCCCAUCACAGUAACUCCGCCUCCUCCCUGAGCAGCUCUCAAGCACCUGCCUCGAAAGUGUCCAGAUCUCUGCGGAGGCAGUCAAGAAACCUGGAGAUGACUGAGAAUGGGAGCCAUCAGCUGGUGGUGAAAGCCAAGUUUAAUUUCAAACAGACCAAUGAAGAUGAGCUGUCCUUUUCAAAAGGCGACAUUCUUUAUGUUACGCGAGUUGAAGAUGGAGGAUGGUGGGAAGGCUCGCUCAAAGGAAGAUCAGGCUGGUUCCCUAGCAACUAUGUGCGAGAGAUAAAACCAAGUGAUAAGCCACUUUCCCCCAAGUCUCUCAAAGGAUUCGAGACACCUUCAGUCACCAAGAAUUAUUACAGUUUGGUUAUACAGAAUAUUUUGGACAAUGAACGAGAUUAUGCAAAAGAGCUACAGGUUUUACUCAGCACAUACCUGAGGCCAUUGCAGGCCAAUGACAAAUUAUCUGCUGCUGAUGUUGGUGCGUUAAAAGGGAACUUGGAGGAAAUCUGUUCGUUUCAGCAAACCCUUUACCAGACUUUGGAGGAAUGUACAAAGCUGCCAGAUUCCCAGCAGAAAGUCGGUGGCUGCUUCCUUAAUCUCUUGCCUCAGAUGAAGUCGCUGUACCUCACGUAUUGUGCUAACCACCCCACCGCUGUCAGUGUACUCACAGAACACGGUGAGGAGUUGGAUAAAUUUAUGGAAAGCCAAGGAGCAAGCAGUCCUGGGAUUCUGAUGUUAACUACAAGCCUCAGCAAACCGUUUCUGAGACUGGACAAGUAUCCGGCGUUACUCCAGGAACUGGAAAGACACAUGGAGGAAUCCCAUCCUGAUUAUCCGGACAUUUUAAAAGGAAUGACAUCAUUCAAAAAUCUAGUGACUCAGUGCCAGGAACUGCGAAAGAGGAAACAGCUCGAGCUACAGAUUCUGUCUGAGCAAAUUCAGGGCUGGGAGGGUGAAGACAUCAAGUCCCUUGGAAAUGUGAUUUACAUGUCGCAGGUCAUAGUGCAGUGUGGAGCAAGCGAGGAGAAAGAUGAAAGGUACUUCAUGCUGUUCCCUACCGUCCUCCUCAUGCUGUCAGUGAGCCCACGGAUGAGUGGCUUUAUUUAUCAGGGAAAGUUGCCAUUGACCGGAAUGACUGUAACUAAACUAGAGGAGAGUGAAAACUUCCAUCAUGCCUUCGAAAUCACAGGUAACAUGAUUGAACGGAUUCAGGUGUCCUGUAAUAACAGUCAGGAGUUACAUGACUGGGUCGAAAAUCUACUGAUGUUAACCAAAGGCACAGUCCCUGGGACAAGCACAAAACCACUGCCCACCACAUCACAACCACAGCAACAUGGAGAGAGUAAGCAGCCUCCAGCAACUCCAUCACAUCAGCCCCUCGCUUACUCACCUCCGCAGUCUUACAGCACAGCAGUACAAAACCGAGGCCCCCUGGAACCUCCCAAAGUCCCCCGGCCUUGGACUCUGAGCUGCCUGAGACCUGCGCCCCCGCUACGGCCUUCAGCUGCGUUAGGUUGUAAGGAGAGGAUGUCUUAUAUUUUAAAGGAUUCCAGUAAGAGUCCCAAAGCAGUGAAGAAAUUUCUAACCAAAAGAAAAACUGAAAGGAAAACAUCAGAGGAUGAGUUUAUUCUACGGAAAAGUACAGCAGCCCUGGAAGAAGAUGCACAGAUACUCAAAGUCAUAGAGGCUUACUGCACAAGUGCAAACCUACAACAGACACAUAGUUCAGUUUGUCGGAAAGAGUCGGCUCCACAGGUUCUGCUUCCAGAGGAGGAGAAAUUAAUUGUGGAAGAAACAAAGAGUAAUGGGCAAACCGUAAUAGAGGAAAAGAGUCUAGUCGACACAGUUUAUGCAUUGAAGGAUGAAGUCCAGGAGCUGAAACAGGAAAAUAAACGGAUGAAACAAAGUCUGGAAGAGGAGCAGAAAUCCAGGAAAGAAUUGGAAAAGAUGAUCAGGAAAGUCCUGAAACAGUUAAACGAAUCUACAUGGGACGAGGGUAACCAUUAAAAGUUGCCAGCGCCCUGCUUUCUUUACACGGAUUAAAUCAAAGAGCAGCCUCUCAUGAUGAUGCUGCAAGGAAUUCUUAGAAAUUCUCAGUCACACUGGGGUCCUUUUUGGUUUUUUUGCCUCUGAUUUCUAUGGAGGAGCAGGGUGACUGAGGACCAGCAGGGACCUGACACUUGUUGAGGAAGGACUAAAUCGGGGGCAGGGAACUGCACAAGGUCUGGUGAGAGAAACAGUCGCAGCAAAAACUGAGAUGGUGCAGCCUUCCAAACAUACCUCACUCCUGCUGUGGACAUCAGUCAUCAGAUCUAUGAUCAACUCUGGCAAAGAAAGGUGGCCUACAAACGACCUCUUAAUUGUCCAUGAAUAGGCAAUUGUGUAUCCUCAAACCAGCACUGUGCCCUUUGACUGCUGCACCAGCACAGGAAGCUAAUUCUUGGGGCAUGACUGAAAUUUACGGACUCCUUUAUAUUUUCUUUGUUUUUGUAAGAGGACAGCGCCAAACGAUAACCUCCCUCGUACUGGAUGUUAAGCAGCGUACUUGUAUUUUCUAGGUAUAACUAGGGUUUUUUUUUGUGAGGGCUCAGGCUUUUUGCUGGUUUAUUUAUGUUUUGUUGUGUUAAACGACUUCCCUGUCACUUACCUCUGCACCCCACCCCCCCUCCCCACCCACCACCCCCUGUAAUGGUGUCACUGUGCAGAGUCCCUUGUGGAGGAGGCACCCUCAAAAAUGGCAUCACAUCCAGUGCAUGUGAGACCCCUGCCUGUGGCCUUGGUAAAGCCCCUCUGAGUACAGUGUGUGUACAUAUUCAACUCUCCUUUUUAGAAACUGGUCCUAGCUUGAUCAUUCCUGUAUAUUACAGGAUUGUGUUUAAUAUGUAAAGGAUACAGGCAGCUUACUUUCCCUGCAGCUAUGGUACAGAAGCAGCUGUGUUAUUACCCAGUGUUGACAGAGUCUGUUAAUCAUGAUGCAUGUACAGAGAGAAAUUUGGGUUUGAAUUGACAGACUAUAAACUGUAGGAGUUACUUGUACACGCAUGAACUCAGAUUCUGAUGGGUUAAGUGACACCAGGGAAUGAAGGCAGGAUAACGAGCGUCCAAUCCUGGGCUGUGUCCACAGUGUUAACUGAGCAUGAGUGCAAAGUGGUUACAGCAUGAGUCGAGCCUGAAGCCAGAGUCAGCCUGACUGAGAGGAGUGGGUCUCUGGGAGGGGGGAGGGGGGUCACUUCACUUAAGGGUCAGAUUGAGGUGCAAGUUAAUAGCUGUUUGGUGCUGGUCUCAAGUCAGAUCAACUUCACACCAGCACUGAGCAUGGAGUCUGGCUCCUCCCUGUAAACAACUUGCAAAUCCUCCCCUACAAGCAAAACAUCCACAUAUUUCAUCUCCAGGCCUGAUUUUGGAAUUGUAAAUAAACAGGGCUCAGGUUAAGUAGCAAGAUGGAACAUCUUGGAAACUCUCACUGCUGUGUUAACAGAUGGUUUUGUGUGUGUGUGUAUGGAGGCCCUUACACUCAGCACACACACAUCUAGUAGGAAAUCCUUUUGUAAAUGGAGUUUUUUUAAUAAAGCCUGAGUCCCGAGCCUUCCCUUGGCUGUACCUUGUAAAUAAAUAGCUCCUAUAUUUUGGCAGGAUCUCGCAACACUCCGUUAUUCUAUGAAACUCUUGUUCUGUUGACUGGAUCUUUUGCUGUUGGCUUCAUUACAAUUAAAUUGAUUUU